AAAUAUUCAAAAAAAAAAUUUUACAGAAUUUGCAAAAAGUUUAAUGUAUUCUAUUCCUAAUUGCGAUAAUAAAGAAUCUGUAUUUAAUAUUUUUGAUCAAUUAUUAAAUUUAAAUGAAAAUAAUGUACAAGCAUCUUUAAAUUAUCAUUACUCAAAAAUUAAUUAUAAUACCUGGAUUGAAACUGGAAAUAAUACAAAUGCAGCUAAAGCUGCUCACACAUAUGCAAAUUGA